AUGAUGGCACGCCCACGAGCUCUAUCGGGCGCUGAUGCUCAAAAGGAGCCCCACGCAGUGUCCCUGAAAGUACUACGUCUUUCUCGACCUUCGUUAUCCCACCAAUCCCCCCUCCCCGCCGCCAAUACGAAGAUCUCUCCCAAAGCCUCGUUAGCCCACUCAUCAGCGGAGUUCGAUGAUCAAUUUAUAAUCACACCUAUUCUUACACUUCCCCCGGCCUUUGGAUCGGUCUACGUGGGCGAAACCUUCGCCUGCACACUUAGCGCAAAUAAUGAAAUGAGCGAAGAUGAUACCGGGCGGUCUGUGACAUCAGUCCGCAUUGUGGCUGAGAUGCAAACACCCUCAUCUGUGGCCUCUCUGGAGCUCGAUCCAGCGACCGAUUCGGCGCAAACUGAGGGACUAAAGAUCGGUGAAUCAUUACAAAAGAUCGUUCGAUAUGACCUGAAAGAAGAGGGAAAUCAUAUUCUUGCCGUUAGUGUCAGUUAUUCAGAGACUAGGAUUGGUCAGGGAUCGCAAGCUGCUAGUGGUCGAGUACGGACAUUCCGUAAGCUGUACCAGUUUGUUGCGCAGCCAUGCCUUAGCGUUCGGACGAAGGCAUCGGAACUUCCGCCAUUGGAAGUGGAUAACAAGUCGCUGGGCCCGUAUGGAAAAACACGUUUGCUUCGUUUUGCCUUGGAAGCACAACUGGAAAAUGUAGGGGAUGGCGCUGUCGUGGUCAAGCAAACUAGAUUAGCACCCAAGCCACCGUUCAAAUCUCAAUCGUUGAAUUGGGAUGCCUUGGAUGAGGGCGCCUCGGUAUCUCCAACGUUAAAUCCGCGCGACGUGUUGCAGAUUGCAUUUUUGGUGGAACAGGAGGAUGGGCAUCAAGAGGGCCUGGAAGCUCUUCAGAAGGAUCUCCGGAAAGAAGGCCGCGCCACCCUGGGCCAAUUGUCGAUUGAAUGGCGAGGCGCCAUGGGGGACAAGGGGUUCCUGACUACCGGGAACUUGAUGAGCCGGAAACGUACAUAA